AUGGACUUUGAACAUAGGGAGCGUCUUAGCCGCCAACCUCCAAAUGAAUGGAGUCUUGAGCAAGGGUUGGAUCCAGCCCGCUUAGGUCUACGUAACCAGAGCAACCUCAAGAUCCAUACUGAUACCCGGCCUCCAACGGUGACAAACUCAGCAGAGCUUCGCGCAGACGCGAAUGACGACGACCCCUCAUUUGUCAUUCAAGAAGAGAGAAAAGGCUGGAAAGGCUAUGUAGAGUGGGAGGAUUACCCUGAGAAAAAGGCCAGAGCUCGCAAGCGAUUCUCCCAGUACAAGUUUCCCCCGCCCCCCGAGUUCCAGCUUGCGCCAAUCCCAGCGACGAACCCCGUCCUCGAGUGUGUUCGAUGGAAGCUGUGGCACAAGGCAAUUGGCGGGGCGCUCACCAGUGUGCCUGAGGAUAGCUGGAAGACAGUUCUUGAGGAAAAACAUCCGGGCAUGCUGCAUCUCCUUCAGUUUCCCUACAAUGGGGAGCCACCAAAGACCCUGCUCACCAGAGAAACCAUCACACCCAACGAACUUCAUUUCGUGCGCAACCGUGGAGGAAUUCCAGACAUUGACGUCGUUGAAUUCGACCUUCGUCUCGAUGGGCUGGUAAACACCCCCACGGUCCUCACCCUGGAAGAUCUCAAAAACGAAGCCUUGUUUCCACGCACUUCCAAGCUCGUAACAAUUCAGUGCAGCGGAACCAGACGUCUUGAGCAAAUUGUUGAAUAUGCUGGUGAAGGCGACGAAAUGAUUAAUGCUCCAUGGGCAGAGGGUGCAAUCGGCACAGCAAACUGGACUGGUGUGAGCCUCAAAAAGGUCAUCAAGCAUUGCGGGGGCCUGAAAGAAGGGGCAAAACACCUUGAAUUUUACGGAGCAGAGACAUAUUUCAAGGGCGGGGACUGUAUGAACUAUGUCGUCUCUGUCCCGUGGUCAAAGGUGAGGGCAAAUGAGGUAAUUCUUGCUUGGGAGAUGAACGGUAAACCACUACCCAAAAUUCAUGGAUUUCCACUGAGGGCAGUGGUCAUGGGUUACAUCGGGGCUAGAAGCGUCAAGUGGCUUUAUCGCAUCAAAGCUAUCGAACACCCCAGUCGUGCCCCAGUUCAGAGCAGAGAGUACCUGUACUUUCAGCAGCAGUACGGGAAGCACAAUCAAUUGCCUACGUUGGGAAUCCAAAUCCAAGAGAUGCCAGUCAGUAGCGCCAUCAUGAGUCCGUGGCACAAGGAAGUCGUUGUCCACAAUGGCCAUAUCGAAGUCACUGGUAAGGAUCAUGGUGUUCCACUGGAAUGUCUACGGGACGUUAACAUUACAGGGUGGGCUUACUCUGGCGGCGGCCGCUGGCCGGAACGUGUCGAGCUCUCUUCGGAUGGCGGUUGGGCUUGGUAUUCCGUACCUACCGAGAAUAUGUCGCCAAAGCACAAGUGGGCCUGGAGAACUUGGACAUCGUCCGUCCCAUGCGAUCAAGAAGGGUGGACAGAACUCGUCGUCCGCUGCUGGGACAACAGUCUGAACACGCAGCCAAUGGAAGUUCGCCAUAGCUGGAACUGGGGGCUGCAUGUCACAAGCAGCUGCCACCGAGUCAAGAUUUACAGCGUGAAUGCCAGCCGGCCUGAGACUAGGAAGCGGCUGGAACAAUUUGAGAAACAUGGAGAGCCAUUUGUGCCAAUUACACGGCCGACGGAGUUCAAGUAUAUGACUCCUGAAGAGUAUGAGAAGGCAUGGAAAAAGAUGGAGCCGAGAGAUGUGGACAACUGA